UUGCCCUAGUAAGAGGAAAUACUGAGCCACUGGCCAGUGACAAGAAAUUAUGUUUUCAUCAGCUACAGUACAGAAAAGCUCCGUACCAUACAGCGGGUGGAAUCAACAUGGAGGUAACACAUACUAGUUGUUUUGUUGGGAUUUGACUGUCAGUCGUAGAAACUAUCGUCACUUAUGGCCAGUCUGGAUAGAAAUAACAAAAUCCUGCUCGAGUUAGUGCGACGGCCGGAUAACAAUUUGUGUGCUGACUGUGGAGCUUCUGAGCCUGACUGGGCCUCCUACACUCUUGGUAUCUUUGUGUGCCUGAACUGCUCAGGGAUGCAUCGUAACUUGCCGGCUGUGAGCAGAAUGAAAUCCAUACGGUUGGACCUCUGGGAAGAUUCAUUAGUAGAGUUCAUGCAAGAGAGGGGAAAUGCUGCAGCCAAAGCCAUUUUUGAGAAGUGUGUACCUGCCUUUUACUAUCGGCCACAACAAAAAGACUGCGUUGUUCUUAGGGAUCAGUGGAUUCGUGCUAAGUAUGAAAGAAGAGAAUUCACAGAAGAAAACACCAACUAUUUGCGAGCUUAUAAUUCAGGUCUGUUUGAGUCGUCACUAUGGAAGAAGGGCAAAGACAACAAGCAGUUUCUUAAGAGGAACUUCCUGCUGUCUCAGAAAGACUUCACCCUCAGAUACUUCAUUAAAGAGGAUUCCAAGGUUCCUAAAGCAGUCAUCAGCAUGAAGGACCUGAAUGCAGUUUUCCAGCCAGAAAAGAUUGGCCAUGCUCACGGUCUGCAGAUCUCUUACCUGGAGGAAGAACGUACGAGGAACUUGUUUGUUUACCAUGAGAAUGGGGAGGUAAUUGUGUCCUUUUUCAAUGCUAUUCGGGCAACACGCUUUGCAUACCUCCAGAGGAAACAUCCUUCUCUUCGGGACAAUGAUUUAAUACCACAGAUAACAGCAGGUUGCCUGAAGGAGGGGUACAUGGAAAAAACUGGCCCAACGCAACGGGAGCCGUUCAAGAAGAGGUGGUUCACACUGUGCUCAAGGAACAGAAAGCUUCUAUAUUUUAAAUCUCCACUGGACGCCACAGAGCUGGGCGCAGUCUUCAUCGGGACAGAGAGCCAUGGCUACAACGUUUCAGAGAGCAACGGCCGGAGCAUGAGGGGAGGUCGAUGGCACUGUGAGAUUACCCUGGAGACUCCGAGCAGGAAGUUUGUGUUCAUGUGUGAACAGGAGCAGGACCAGAAGGAGUGGAUGGAGGCCUUGAGAAAGAUCAUCUCUCACCCCAUGACACCAGAAGACUACUCGAAUGAAGCCAACUUGAGAAGAGGAAAAUGACAGGAAUGAUUUCCCCUGCUGGUAUCCAAAGACUAUCUUUUUAGGACACUGUAAACCACUGAAACCACAGACAACUCUAACACUUUGCUCACUUUGCUGUGCUGUUCUGCAGUGUGAGACUUUAAAAGAAGAUGUCAUAUUUAUUAAAAGCAAGUACUUAAAAAUUCACACACAUAUAUAUUCAUAUAUAUGUGAAUUUUUAUACCAUGUGUUUUCUGUGUGACUGGAUUGGCACAUUUUUGCAAGAUAAUCAUGUCUUACUUACAAAAGUAUUAAUUUCUGUCGUGUAUGGAAUUGUGAUUUUAAAUAAAUGUAUUACACUAUU